AUGUCGAACCUUCGUAAGCAUUUUUUUAAUGUUAAUAAAGCGAUUGAACUUACUCCCGAAGAAUUCAACAAAGAAUGGGCAUUUGUCGACAAUAUAUGGAUUCGAUUUAAUGGAAAUACACUGUUAAAUGGAACUGAGUGGAGAACUUAUGUCAACUCUCAAAACCUCAACAAUCAAAUGGACGCAAAGUUGGUGUCCCCCCUCCCCGGAGAAACUUCGUGCGACUUGCAAGCGAUCUCCAAUCGAGAUGCGGUAGCUGAAGAAGCUAUCAAGGAGUACAAGCCUCCCGCGAUCGCUAACGCAGCAUCAAAUAUCUACUCAGGAAGUCGCAAAUAUCAAAUUAAAGCUCGUGGGUUCGAUGACCUCGCAUCUCAUUGGGAAUGUCAACCUAGAUGCUGA